AUGCAGCGCAAGACGCAGCGCGAGACGCAGCGCGAGACGCAGCGCGAGACGCAGCGCGAGACGCAGCGCGAGGGGGAGGCCGCCAGACGGGGGACCGCCAUGUCUAUUUCCUGGAAUGUACAUCUUUCUAAUAACUCAGGGUUUCAAGUAUCUGAAUUCCUCCUGUUGGGCUUCCCAGGCAUUUACGAUUGGCAGCACUGGCUCUCCCUGCCGCUGGCUCUGCUCUACAUCUUAGCUUUGGGUGCCAAUCUCCUCAUCAUGAUCACCAUUGGCCACGAGGCUACCUUGCACCAGCCCAUGUACCAGUUCCUUAGUGCCCUUGCUGUGGUGGACAUUGGCCUGGCCACCACCAUCAUGCCCAAGAUCCUGGCCAUCUUCUGGUUGGGUGCCAAGUCCAUCAGCCUCCCUCAGUGCUUUGCUCAGAUAUAUGCCAUUCAUUGUUUCAUGGCCAUGGAGUCAGGCAUCUUCCUCUGCAUGGCUGUGGAUAGAUAUGUAGCCAUUUGUCAUCCUCUUCAAUACCCCUCCAUAGUUACUGAAGCUUUUAUAGUCAAGUCCAUAGUAUUCAUGGUGCUCAGAAAUGGCCUGUUAACAAUCCCAGUGGCUGUCCUGGCUUCCCAGCGACACUACUGCUCCAGGAAGGAGAUUGAACACUGCCUCUGCUCUAACUUGGGAGUCAUCAGUUUGGCCUGUGAUGAUAUUACUAUUAACAGGUUCUACCAGUUGGCUCUUGCCUGGGUUGUGGCUGGGAGUGACAUGGGUCUGGUCUUUGUUUCCUAUGCUUUGAUUCUUUGCUCAGUGCUGAAGCUGAAAUCUUCCAAAGCAACAGCAAAGGCCCUAAGUACCUGUAGCUCCCACCUCAUCCUCAUUCUCUUUUUCUACUCUGCUAUCAUUGUAGUAUCUGUCACCCACCUAGCAGGGAGAAGGUUUCCUCUCAUCCCUGUUCUCCUGAAUGUACUGCACAAUGUUAUUCCCCCAGCCCUUAACCCCAUGGUGUAUGCCAUCAGGACCCAGGAACUCAGAGUGGGCUUCAAGAGAGUUCUUGGUUUGACUGAUGGUAUGUUCAGGAAAUGA